CCUCUGAAGCAGUUAGUUGUCAGUGAGGAGCUGCUCAGACGGACUACCAGUACCUCGAUAUAAAGCUACACAUCUGCCCUCGUACCCCCAGAGGAGAUCGCCGCCCCCCCCCCGGAGGAGGAGCAGGGAGGAGGACCUGCAGGAGGAUCAAGAUGUUGAGGUGUGAAGCUCCUCGGUGUGUCUGCUUCUGGUCUCUGCUGCUGCUGCUCCACGACCCCAGUGGCUCCGCCCCCACAGAGUCCGACGGGUGCAGGAUCUCUGUGUCAGAACCAGCGUCCGGUGUGGACUCCGUCUCCCUCACCGUCAGCGCCGCCGGACCCAACUGCUCCCUCGCCGUCUCCUCCCAGGACGGCGCCGUCGAGUGCAUGAGACGAGGAGCAGGAGGCGACGGGGCGGAGACGAAUGAGACCGGAGGACCGGAGCGAGCAGAGGAGGAGAAGAUGGAUGGAAACCUGACAGGAGUCCAGCACAAUGAGGGGGGAGGAGUCUUCACCUGUGUGCUGGAUCACCUGGAGCCUGGAACCGCCUACAAGCUGGAGAUCCAGUCCCACAGGGACCAGGAGGCCGCCAACGUCACCCUGCACACCAAGCCAGCGGCGGUCAGCGGCCUGUCGGUGACCUCUAGGGCCUCCAGAAGCCUGGGCCUUUCCUGGCAGGCCGGCCCGGGACGAACGCAGCGCUUCAGGCUGCAGCUGUGGGAUCUAACUGGUCUGCUGAGGAACGAGACGCUGGAGAGCACAGCGACGCAACGCACCCUCUCCGACCUGACACCGGGCCGACUGUACAACGUUACCAUGGUGACGGAGGCCGGCGGGCUGCAGAACAGCCGGACAACGGCGGCCCGGACAGUUCCCGCCGCUGUCGCCAACCUCACCGCCGAACCCGGCAACGGGACCGGCCUGUUGUUGUCAUGGCAACGGGCCGAGGGCGAUCUUGACGCUCUUGUCGUCUCUCUCUCGACCAACGGCACCAGCUCCUGGGAGGCGACGCUGAGGCCAAACGAGACCGAGGUCGCCGUUGACCCGCUGACCCCCGGCUCGGCCUAUCGGGUGGAGGUGACCUCGAGGAGCGGCGAGCUGACGAGCCAAUCAGAAAUCACUGCCAGGACAGCUCCGGCGGCGGCGUCCCUCCUCUCCCUCUCCCUCUCGCCCUCCUCCCCCGGGGGCCUCCUCCUCUCCUGGUCGCCCCCCCCCGGCCACUGGGAGGGCUACAGGCUGCUCCUCUUCGACGGCUCCCAGCAGGUAGUCAGUGCCGCUGCGGGCCGAGAGGCCGCCAACUUCAGCUUCCCCGGGACGGGACUAACGCCUGGAAGGCGGUACAGAGCCGUGCUGCGCGUGGAGAGCGGCGGCCUGACGGCGGAGAGCAGCUGUGACGGAGCGACAGCUCCGGCCGCCGUGGACGACCUCCACAUACGACACUCGGACGAGACGUCGCUCAGCGCCAUGUGGAGCCACGCCCCCUCCGGGUCACGUGACGGAUACUUCCUGACCAUCAGCCACGGCGGCGUCACCAUAGCUACCAGGGAGGUGCAUUCAGACACGAGGGAGUGCACCUUCAACGUGCUGCAGCCCGGCAGGCAGUACACCAUCACCGUGACAACCAGGAGCGGGAUGCUCAACACCUCCGUGUCCCUGCAGGGGAGGACGGUGCCCAUGGCGCUGCACGCCAUCACUCUGACGAGCUCCGGGGUCAGCAGCCUCCGGGCAUCAUGGGAGAAACCACCAGGAGACGUGGACUCGUACACGAUGACCCUGCUAAGGGACAGCGUGGUGAUUCAGAACUACAGCGUUCCGGUCACUUCUUCUUCUCUGCUGCUCGGCGGUUUGAUCCCCGGCGCCAUCUACAGUCUGCAGGCCGCCACCGUCAGCGGGAGGCUGCAGUCCAAGAGCACGACGCUGCAGGGACGGACCGCCCCGGCGUCGGUCUCCGAGGUGACGGUCUCUAACGGCGGCCGGUCGGACACCCUGCGGUCGUCGUGGCGACCGGCUCUGGGUGUGGUGGACAGCUACCUGGUGCGCCUGAUGGACGCGAGUCGCACCGUCCACACGCUCGUGGUGUCGCGCUCCUCCGCCCCCGAGUGCUCCUUCAGCUCGCUGGUCGCCGGGCGACUGUACUCCGUCGUCAUAACGACGAGGAGCGGCGCCCUGGAGAACGCCACCGAGGUUCAAGCGCGAACACAACCAGCAACCGUUCAAAACCCGACAGCUGUUCACUCUGCGAGGGACGGCUUCCUCAAGGUGUACUGGAGCCGUGCAGCAGGAGACCUGGACCGCUACGUGGUUCUGAUCCGUUACAACAACAGCGUUCUUCAGAACCAGAGCGUCUCCGCAGCCCACAACGAGUGUGUCUUCUCCUCGCUGUUGCCGGGCAGACUCUACACCGUCACCGUGGAAACCUGGAGCGGGGAGUACGUGGUCAGCGUCUCCACCGACGGACGCACAUUUCCGGCGGCCGUUGGAAACCUGUCGCUAGGCAAAGAAGGAACAGGCGAACUAACCGUCAUGUGGAGCCCCGCCCCCGGUGACGUGGACCACUACGAGGUGACGCUCCUCUUCAACGACAUCAGGGCGUUCCCCCCCAUCACGCUGGGCAGCGAGACCCGACGCCACCGGCUGACCUCCCUGACCCCGGGACGUCUCUACAAGGUCGUGGUGUCCACCUUCAGCGGGCCGAACCAGAGGGCCCAGUUCAUCGAGGGACGCACAGUUCCCAGUGCGGUGGGGAACCUGCGCCUGGCGCCCUGGGUCGGCCCGAAGGCCCCCGUCGGCGGGCUGCUGGUCUCCUGGACCCCCGGAGACGGGGACCUGGACAUGUACAUCGUGUCCUUGUCCACUGCGGAUGGUGUGGUCAUAGAGACUCGCCCCGUCCCCAAACACGUGUCCUCCCUGGACUUCCUGGAUCUGACCCCGGGCCACGCCUACACCGUCACCGUCCAAUCGCUGAGCGGCAAGCUGAACAACAGCGAAGCGGCGAGCGGCAGAACGGCUCCGGCCCGAGUCACGGCCCUGCAGGCCGACAACGACCACACCGCCCACAGCCUGACGGUCAGCUGGGAGAGGCCCGUGGGCGUCUACGACGGCUACGCCCUGCAGCUAUUGGACGAGGCCGGCGUCCUCUUGGCCGAGCGUUCGCCCCCGGCCAGGCGGCACAGCGAGCGCCUGGAGGGCCUGACCUCGGGGAGGUGGUACCGGGUCAAGGUGGUCACGCUCAGCGGCGGCGUUCCAUCGCCAGAGGCCACGGCGGAGGGACAGACCCGUCCGGCGGCCGUCAGUAAUCUGACCGUCACCUCCUCCAACACCUCCUCGCUCUCCUUCUCCUGGCGGCCCUCGCAAGGUCACGUCGACAACUACGACCUGUCGCUCUACAGCGUCGCCGAGGCAACGGCCAGUCAGGAGCCGGAGGCGGCAGGGAGCCGGAAGGACUAUGAGCAGCUCGUGGCGCGUCAGAAGGCGGGCGCGGCUGCAGGCGGCCGUUGCUUCUCGGCGCUGCGAGCAGGAAGUCUCUACCGGCUGCGGGUGGUGAGCUGGAGCCGGAACCUGAGCAGCGACUCCGCGGUGCUGACCCGGACCGUCCCGUCUGCGGUCUCCUCGCUCCGGGUUCAGAGUUCAGGGCGGACGGACCGCCUGGCGGUCAGCUGGCAGCACGCAGACGGAGGCCGCAGCAGCUACCAGGUCUUCUUGUACGACGUCUCUGGAGCCUCACUGGCGACCCAGACUCUGGGGGCGGAGCAGACGAGUCACAUGUUCUCUGGGCUGGUCCCUGGUAGGCUGUACCGCGCUGAGGUCGUCACACGCAGCGGGGAACUGACCAAUAAGAUGUCAGCGUUGGGACUCACCGCGCCGCAGCCGCCCACCCACCUGUCCGUCAAACAAGGCCCGACUAAUCACAGCGUAGAGCUGUCGUGGUCUGGUCCCGCCUCCGGAGACUUCGACAGCUUCAGCCUGCAGUGGACCCCUCCGGACCGCCUGUCCGUCACACAGACCCACCUGACCGGCCGCACGGUGGGCGGGAUGUAUCCGGGCCGACGGUACAACUUCACCGUGGCGACCGUUGCUGGGGGCGGAGCCAAGGGCGGGCCUAUUGAAAGCAGCCAGCCAAUCCAGAGGAACGUCAGAACGAGUCCGUCUCCUCUGAAGUCCAUCCACUGCUUCCCUCUCUCCUCCUCCUCCCUCUCCUGCUCCUGGUCGCCUCCUCUCUCCGACUUUGACUCUUUCGAGGUCAAGUGCCGUCGCCACGACGACGGGGAGCUGACCUCGGCGCUGCGGCUGGCGAGCGGCGUCACCGCGGUAACGCUGGACCGCCUGGAGGCCUACAGGAAGUACUCUGUGACGGUCAGAGUGUCCUCAGCGGGACACACGAGUCCACCGGAGACACACACCACUGUCACCAUGAUCGACCGUCCUCCGGUCCCGCCCCCAAGCGUCCGUGUCAGCGAGAGGUCGGCGAAGGUCACGUCGUCCUCCAUCCUGUUCCGCUUCAACUGCUCGUGGUUCAGCGACGUCAACGGCGCCGUGCGAUACUUCGCCGUCAUCGUGGUCGAGUCUGAUGCCAAUGAGAUGCUGAAGCCGGAGCAGCGCCACCCGCUGCCCUCCUACCGCGACUACGUCAGCAACGCCUCCGUCAGAGCGUUCCAGACCGCCUCCUUCUCCAGCCGCUGCCCUCAGGACGCCUCCGCCGGACAGGUGAUGGAGGUGAACCUGGGGGCGGGGGGGGACCGGCUGGGCGGGGCCUGCGACCGUUACCAUGACGACGACCCCUACCUGAGCGACAGCUACGGCGGCUUCUGUGACGGGCCGCUGAGAGCCAAGACCUCCUACAGGCUCAGUGUGCGAGCCUUCACCAGACUGCUGGAUGAAAACCACAGAGAGGUUCCUCAGCCGCUCUUCAGCGACACCUACCUGUCCCCCCCCCUCAGGACGCACUCCGAGCCGUUGGGCGGCGUGGUGGAAGGUCUGAGCGCCGGCAUGUUCCUCAUCGGGGUGAUGGGGGCCGUGGCCUCGCUGCUCGUCUACAGGCAGCGGCUCCGCAAAGUGGCGGUGCAGGAGAACCCGGUGGUGAGGAUGAGUUUGUGGAAGGAGGUUCCCUCCUCCGGGAUGUACCUCGGGGUUCGGAGCAACCGUCGAGUCACCAGUCCCAUCAAAGCUGCACACUUUGAGUCUCAUCUCAACAAACUGCUCAGCGACUCCAACUUCCUGAUGUCUGAGGAGUUUGAGGAUCUGAAGGAUGUCGGAAGAAACCAAACGAUGGACGUCGCUCGACUCCCUGAGAACAGAGCGAAGAACCGCUACAACAACAUCCUGCCCUACGACUCCACCAGGGCCAAGCUGUCCUACCUGGAGGACGACCCGUCCUCCGACUACAUCAACGCCAGCUACGUCCCUGGUAAUAACUUCCGGCGGGAGUACAUCGCCACUCAGGGCCCGCUGCCCGGCACCAAGGACGACUUCUGGCGGAUGGCGUGGGAACACGGCGUCCACACCGUCGUCAUGGUGACGCAGUGCGUGGAGAAAGGGCGGGUGAAGUGUGAUGCGUACUGGCCCUCAGACCAGGAGCCCCUCUACUACGGGGACCUGGUCCUCCAGAUGCUGUCCGAGUCCGUCCUGCCCGAGUGGACCAUCAGGGAGUUCAAGAUCACCGCGGAGGGCGGCUCCUCGUACCCCCGCGUGCUGCGUCACUUCCACUACACCGUGUGGCCCGACCACGGCGUCCCCGACAGCCCCCAGUCCCUGGUGCACUUCACCCGGACCGUCCGGGACCACGUGGACCGGGCCCCCAGCACCGGGGCCACCGUGGUCCACUGCAGUGCUGGUGUGGGUCGUACAGGGACCUUCAUCGCUUUGGACCGGGCUCUCCAGCAGUUGGACUCUAAAGGAACCGUUGACCUCUACGGAUGUGUGUUCGACCUUCGCCUGCACCGCCAGCACAUGGUCCAGACCGAGUGCCAGUACUCCUUCCUGCAUCAGUGCGUGCGCGACGUGCUUCGAGCCCGUAAGCAGCGCGGCGAGCAGCAGGCGCCGCUGUGCCCCGUCUACGAGAACUUCAACCCCGAGUGGAGCCGCCGCGAGCCGCCGAUCGCCGAUCAAUACCCGCCGAUCGGCCGCAGGCCUCAAAGCGCUCGCCCUCCUCCAGGUUCCGUCUUCAGUGGACGCUGAGCGCAGGAAGCCGAUUGCGUGACGCUCACAAACAACAACAACAACAUUCAUUGCUUCAUAUUUAGUUUGAUUUGUGGAGACUUUAAACAAAUCAAAGUGUCGUCAUUUAAAACCAUAAAAGUUGUGUUUAUUUAUGAGUCACACACAUCGCUGGAUGUAAAUAAUGCUUCUUUAUACAAGAGUUUUUCUAUUUAUCACAUUUAAUAAAAAGGACUCAUUUAGCUGUAAGAACUUGUUUAGACAAAAAGUCCAAUAAUUAACUUCAGGUCCAUUAUUGAUCUGGGAUUCCAAUAUUGAAUUGUUAUUAAACAUAAUGUAUAAGGCACAUUAAUGUAGGUUGUUAUUAUUAUUAUAUACGUGAUAUUAGUGGUUAUUUUACUCGUUGAUGGUGUAACGUUUAUUGGAUCAUUAAAAGAUAAAUAAUCGUGUUGCUCAA